GGUGGAAUUUUGAUUCAAUUAAGUAGAUUUUAAGAUAUAGAAGUUAAGGAACUAAACAAGAACCUAGAGCUUUAUAAUGAACAUUCCACAGCCACGGCACAAGAACCCCCUCAUGGAGGAGCUGGAUUUUCUCAAGAAUGUACAGGAGGACCGCAUGUCGUUUCACGCAAGUCUUGCUUGUCAUGAACGUUGCGUUGGAAAUUACUGGUUAAAUAAAUUCUACUGGAAAGAAAAAUCUUGCAUGCAAAAUUGCCUAGAAAAGAUCAACCAGGCGACGAUAAUCACAAAUUUAAAUUAUGAAAGAUUCCAGCAAAUACAGAACAAAAAGUGA